AUGCCAAGCACAGCAGCCUCUAUGAUACGGUACACCCACACCCGUCACCCACCGACCACCAAUAUCGUCAAAUACCACAUCCCCAAGCAUCUGCUCCCAUGCUUUCGGACCGUCACCCUCCCGACCAUCAUGUCUCUCGCCUAUCGGGCGGCCAGUGCCGAGGGACAAUAUCCUAAGGCCAUCCUAAUCAGGUACGGAGCCGAAGGCAUCCAUGUUCAAAUUUCUCCCCACCUCCCAAGCUUCCUUCCAGCCAUCCCGGCACAAGCCAGGCUACAGGGGCAGGGCAUCCAGAUCCCACAGAAGGCUAACCCAACUCCCUUUCGCCCACCCACCAGAUCCUCCAUCCACCUCACGCGGUACCAAAAAAGGGGCCGAACCAAACAGCUCCGGAACACCUGGCACAUGACGAUCUGCUACAAGAACGCGACCCACCUGGCCAAGGGUUCCCACAUGACGGCGCAUGUCUACGUGAAAAACAAGCAUCACCCGGUGUUCCUGCGCGCCAAUUACGCCGCCGAGAAACCGGAUACGGCGAAGGAGGCGUCGGGGCGGGCGGUCUGGGGAUCCGUGGAGAGCUCGCAGUAUCUGACGCGCGAGGUUGCGUAUGGGUACCUUCCACAACAGCGGGAGCUGGGGCUGUCGGGGGGGUGUGGCUGGGCGUAUGCAUCUCGUGAGAAGAGGCAGCCUUGGCAAGGGCGAGGAGGGCUGAUUCGUUUUGUCUUGGCCCGCGAAAAAGAGGCUCUCAAAGAAUAACUCUCUGGUCUCUCAGGUACGGUCAAUGUCUUGAGAUUUAGUGUGUUGUCAUUCGCCGUGUUAUUUAUUCUGUCAUCAUUGUCCUCUUCUAUGUGUAUUUAUCGAGUCUGUCACCGUUUGACACUGAGAUGAGAGUAAUGUGCUCGAUGCCUCUCAAACUGGAGGUAAACGCGCAGAAUCCUUGUACGCAAGUUGAAUCGGCCGAAAUCUUACUCAAGU